AGGGAAGGGGAAGGGAGGUGGGAGGCGGGGCCGAGCGGGAGCCGGAGCUGGAGUCUGAGCCGGCGGUUGCAGUAGAGGCGGUGAUGUCGGUGCAGGUCGUGUCAGUAGCGGCUGCCGCGAAGGUACCUGAGGUGGAGCUGAAGGACCUGAGCCCCUCCGAGGCGGAGCCGCAACUGGGACUGAGCACCGCGGCUGUGAGCGCCAUGGCCCCCCCGGCAGGCGGCGGGGACCCUGAGGCUCCAGCUCCCGCCGCGGAGCGGCCCCCGGCCCCCGGCCCGGGCUCGGGGCCCGCCGCCGCUCUCAGCCCUGCCGCCGGGAAAGUGCCUCAGGCGUCGGCCAUGAAGCGGAGCGACCCUCAUCACCAGCACCAGCGGCACCGCGACGGCGGCGAGGCCCUGGUUAGCCCCGACGGCACCGUCACCGAGGCGCCGCGCACAGUCAAGAAGCAGAUCCAAUUUGCUGACCAGAAGCAAGAAUUCAACAAACGUCCCACCAAAAUUGGACGUCGCUCUCUGUCUCGUUCCAUUUCUCAGUCAUCUACUGACAGCUACAGCUCAGCGGCUUCCUAUACAGAUAGCUCUGAUGAUGAGACCUCUCCUAGGGAUAAGCAGCAAAAGAACUCUAAGGGAAGCAGUGACUUCUGUGUCAAGAAUAUCAAACAGGCAGAGUUUGGACGAAGAGAAAUUGAAAUUGCCGAACAAGAAAUGCCUGCACUGAUGGCUUUGAGGAAGAGAGCUCAAGGAGAAAAACCUUUGGCUGGAGCCAAAAUUGUGGGUUGCACACACAUCACUGCUCAGACUGCUGUGCUUAUGGAAACUCUGGGUGCGCUGGGGGCACAGUGCCGAUGGGCAGCCUGCAACAUCUAUUCCACUCUCAAUGAAGUGGCUGCUGCUCUAGCAGAAAGUGGAUUCCCUGUCUUUGCCUGGAAAGGAGAGUCAGAAGAUGACUUUUGGUGGUGCAUUGACAGAUGUGUGAAUGUGGAGGGCUGGCAGCCAAACAUGAUAUUGGAUGAUGGAGGGGAUCUUACUCACUGGAUUUAUAAGAAGUAUCCUAAUAUGUUCAAGAAAAUCAAGGGCAUAGUAGAGGAGAGUGUUACUGGAGUCCACAGGCUGUACCAGCUAUCCAAGGCUGGGAAGCUGUGUGUUCCUGCCAUGAACGUCAAUGAUUCGGUCACCAAACAGAAAUUUGACAACCUCUACUGUUGCCGUGAAUCAAUUCUAGAUGGACUUAAAAGGACAACAGACAUGAUGUUUGGUGGAAAGCAGGUGGUGGUCUGUGGCUAUGGAGAGGUGGGGAAGGGGUGCUGUGCUGCCCUAAAAGCCAUGGGCUCUAUUGUGUAUGUAACUGAGAUCGACCCCAUCUGUGCUCUUCAAGCCUGUAUGGAUGGAUUUCGACUGGUGAAAUUAAAUGAGGUCAUCCGGCAAGUGGAUAUUGUUAUUACCUGUACAGGUAACAAGAAUGUGGUAACCAGAGAGCACUUGGACCGUAUGAAGAAUAGCUGCAUCGUUUGUAACAUGGGACAUUCCAACACGGAGAUUGAUGUGCUGUAUUUCUCUCUGGGUAAAUGGCUCAAGCAAAGCAUGCUUUCAUCUGCCCUGAGGGCUGCUCUGAUUGAGCUUCAGCACUGCCAGGGUGAACCACGGUCAUUGAGAAGGUGGAACCUGGGACACGAGGACAUGAAGGCAGAACCUUGGGCCCCAGCGAGUCUGCGGACCCCAGAACUGACCUGGGAGCGAGUGAGAUCCCAAGUUGACCAUGUAAUAUGGCCUGAUGGCAAGAGGAUAGUAUUGCUAGCAGAGGGCCGUCUGCUGAACCUAAGCUGCUCCACAGUGCCUACAUUUGUGCUCUCAAUCACCGCUACUACUCAGGCUCUUGCCUUGAUAGAGCUUUACAAUGCUCCUGAGGGUCGUUAUAAGCAGGAUGUCUACCUGUUGCCCAAGAAAAUGGAUGAGUAUGUGGCGAGCCUACACCUGCCCACCUUUGAUGCCCACCUGACAGAGCUGACGGAUGAACAGGCCAAGUAUCUGGGACUCAACAAGAAUGGGCCCUUCAAGCCUAAUUAUUACAGGUAUUAAGUUCCUGUAAUUCAAGCCAGAAGAAAUUUUAAGGAAUAGAACUCCAAGUCUUUUCUCCACUCCUAUACAGGAAAGAACCCAGCAAACUGCUUCUCCAAUCAGCUGCCCGCCGUGCUCACCCUAUAUGUUAGGUUAUUUAUUUAUUAAAAUCUAGAAUCCUGUGCCUGUUGCCUUGGCCCAGAGUGUGGUUACUGCCCCGAGGGCUGUGAAAGCCACAAAGGACAGGCUGAGGAAGGAAAGCUAUGGGGUAAUCCUUCCCAGUGCAUCUUCUGCAUCAUUCCCCAUUGACUUGGAAUCCUCAGCAAUGGCCAUUUGUCUCUUGUCCAAGUUCAGGAGUUAGUCCAGGGAUUCCAGACUCCUUGUUCCCUGGGGUUUUCUGGAAUAAAUUUCAGCAGCUGCCUUUCUCAGCUUUGGCCCUUACCCAGGUGAGGCCUUUUGGAAGCCACUGAAUUAACAUGGCCUGGGUUCCCAGCCUUGACCAUCACUAUCACUGCCUUCUUUAUAAAAUGACUAGGAAGGAAGGAAUGUUAUGGCUUUGGCAAGCUACACCAAGAACUUAGCUAUGCCUGUGCUUCCUGGGAGUCUCCUUCCUUACUGAAGACCCCUUUCUUCCUUGAAUAUUCACGUGUGUUUUAACACUUUCUGGUUCCAAGAGGAAUGUGCCUCCAUUAUUUCCUCAGCAGCUCUGGUGUUUGUCAGACAUUGUUUUUGCCAUCUUUGUAACCCAAGUAACCUUUGCCCAGGAAGUGAGGGCCAGCCCCACUGGGAUCCAUAGUUUUACUUGUUCUUUAACUGAACAGUUUCCCAGGAGGUUCCCUCUAGACUGACACUGUCUCAGAAAAGGAGAGCUUGUUGUGAAACUCUGCUUCCUGAAAUUUCCUCUUAUUGUCUAAAACUGCUUUUGAAAUGGAACAGGGAAAGAUGUACUUUCCAGUGGAUUUGGGGGUGGGAGGUGUAGGGCUUUGGAAGUGGAACCAACCAUUCAGGCCCACAGCCUGACACUCUAAAGAAGUAGAAUGUAUUUGUCUCCUGGGAAGGGCUUUGCAGCUUACCUGGCUAAGCUAUACAGAGAUGACACUACAAACUGUGUCCAGAUGAUUAAAGCUAGUUUGACUAGUUUGAACCUCCUCAGACAUUCAUUUCUUUGGCUGUUGCCAUUGAUGAAACUGAGAUCUGGUAUCUCUAUGAUUUAGUUUGUGGUUUUUCUUCUCUACUGGGGUAUAUUUUUAUGUUCCUGCCUCUUCCAUCUUAGGAUUCUAUAUUUCAGAGGUGGUUUCUUGAGUAACUCCAACAUUACAAAAAAAACUAGUAAUGUGAGCAGCGUGAAAUUUUAUGUCUCACAUAAGAGUUGGAUACCUUUUGGAGACUGACCUGUUGGUCUUAAGGGUUUCAUUGGCAUCAGACUGAGACUGUUUCUAAGAGUCAGUUUGGGGUGCCCCUAGAAAUCUUGAAUGAAGUGAGUCCCUUUCCCACCUGACCACCUUCUUUAACACUCUCAGGUCUGUUUGCUUGCUUGUUUGUUUUCCCAUUUUUUUUCCUUCGCUGGUCUGCCUCAUAGUCUCAAGACCAAGGUGACUCAAGGAAACACCACCAGGCCACCCAGCAUCAUCCCACCCUGAUUCUCCUCUCCUGCCUCCACCUUCUUCAGCUUUUCCUGGUCUUCACAUAUACUUUCAGAGCUAGUCUGGAAGUGACCUUCCUUUUGUAGGUAGAGAGGUGGGCUUUGGGUAAAUGGCUAUUUGCCUCAUUAAGUAGUAUAUAGCCUCAGCCCAUUAUGGGCUGGUCCCUUAGAGGCUGUAUGUCUUAGCACAUAGUGGAAAGGUGCCACAUACAUGGCUAUAUUCUUUCAUGAGGAAGAUUGUAAAUGCUGAAAAUUCCACGAGGCCACUCAAUUCUUCUUUUGCCUACCCAGUUCUGAGUUUUGUAUUAAUUAAUUGGAUCUCUUUCAUAUUAAUUAAUUGGAUACAGAUCUUCAUAACUCAUCUUAUAUCAAGGGCAGAUUCCAUUAGGCAGGUAUCUGGACUCUAGCCCUUUAUGUUUUUAAACCAAAAAAUCAUAACCUGCUGUUUCUCAGUAAAGCCUGGCUCUCUGGAGCAGUAUUAUUACGUACUGAUCAUGACAGAGCAUACCUGCCUUGCUAUAGUAAAGAGACCCAUGGCAAAUAAAAAAGGAGACACCUAAGUUGCCAGUGUUGUUGUCCAUGAUGAGAUAUUGAGAUAUAUGCCUCUGAGUUUCAGAUGACCUCUUUUCCUUUCUCUCUGGGGACCCUAUAUUAGCAACCGUUAAGAAGUAGGAGGCCCAGGCCUCUUGAGUAUUUGGGUUCUAUCUUAAUAUUGGAAUUUGGUCAUUCCCUCUACCCUUGGAACCAGAACAAAUCUAUCUUCUUCCCUCAAGCUCUCACCUGAGAUGCAUCUUAGGGAAAAAAGACUAAUUAUCUGUUUGUUUAUGGCCCUGGCAGGUGGGGAUACUUACCAUUUUCUCUAUGAUGAACUUGUACUAGUUUUCAAGGUCUUUUUUGCCUUCUUAAUGGAAAAUCAGGGUUUGGUUUUUUUUUUUUUUCCUCAUUAAAAAAGAAAAAAGGUAUCUGGUCUACCUUCUCUGUCUGCCCUCCUACCUCCUCAUCCUACCCUCCUGUAUGAGCACGGCUCCCCAUGGCCACAUACUCCUGCAGAGCUUUUUUGCUGCUUGGCUUUUCUCUGAACAGAUCUGAAACUGCUGCUCCUGUGGUUUUCUCAAAAUUAACUUUGUCAUGGUUUUAAAAAAAAGAAAUCAAAAUGCAUUGUUGCAUUACGCUUUUUUAAUAAAGGAAGAUUAUGGAAAGAAAAUAGGCAACACCAGCAAAUUAUACGUAGACGAUAAACUAAACUAUAUAUAUAAUAUAUAUAUAUUAUAUAUAUAAUCAUCUAGUUCUCAUUGUCAUCUUACUGAAAGGAAAUAAAACCUCUAAGAAUCGCCAUUUCUGAGAGGCUCUUGGAAAUCUUUAUGUCUAAGUGAUUGUAUUAGAUCAGCAAUAAUGACUAUGUAAUCUCAAAAGAUAAAUAAAAUAUUCUUAAAAUGGA